AUGAUUCUGUAUUUUGUAACCUCCGAAAAGUCGUUUCCGGCACAGAUCGAGGCGCCUCUUCUUCGACGGACGUUCGCCGGAAGUGGAGCUAAAUUAGGCGUGAGAGUCGCCGGAGCGGUUCUGUUCGGGUUAAGCUCGGCGAUCGGGUAUUUCUUGAUGUUGUCUGUUAUGUCGUAUAAUGAUGGCGUGCUUAUAGCUAUUGUGGUUGGUCUUGCGGUUGGUUAUUUGUUGUUCAGGAGCGACGACGAAGAUUCCGUCGUCGUUGAUAGUUCUUGUGGAUGUGCUUAA